CAAAGCCUGAACCUUUUGUCAUCCAGUCUCUGUUUCUGUCGUCCUUAUCCUUUUGAGGCAAUAAACAACUAAGGGAGUGAGUAUCUAAGGUGUCCUAUCUCAGUGAGUUGUAUAUUCUUGUUGCUGGAUUUAGUUUAAACCUUGGCAAAGAGGUUUUGAAAGAAGAGAAGUUGUGGUCAUGGAGGAUGUCAACAUGAGGCAGCCUCUGGUUCAUGGUUCUUCUCAGCAAUCUCUCACUUUAGCCUUCAUUAAACGUAUGUAUGUUGGUCACUUUCUAGCAAGGUGGGGGGCAAGGAUGUGGGAAUUUUCAGUUGGUUUAUACAUGAUAAAUCUAUGGCCAGACUCUUUGCUCUUCACUGCAAUCUAUGGUGUUGUUGAAUCUUCAUCUACUGCACUAUUUGGCUCAGUUGUCGGCAAGUGGGUGGACAGAUUAACUUAUGCAAAGGUCCUAAAGCUCUGGUUACUGACUCAAAAUUUAUCAUUCAUAGUUGCCGGAGUCACAGUGACUGCAUUACUGACAUGUUACAAUCUUAAGUCCACUUCUUUUUCGACAUUUUUAUCGUUUGUCAUUAUAGUAAAUCUCUCAGGUGCAAUUGGAGUUCUGUCAACUCUUGCCGGUACUAUAUUGAUUGAAAGAGAAUGGGUGGUUGUGAUUGCAAAUGGACAGCCUGCAGGAGUGCUAACAGAAAUGAACUCAACAAUUCGACGGAUCGAUCUAAUCUGUAAAUUACUCGCCCCUGUGUUUAGUGGUUUCAUAAUUAGCUUCAUAUCAUUGAAAGCUUCAGCAGUAACUUUGGCACUCUGGAAUACAUUAUCAGUGUGGUUACAGUAUUGGCUUCUAACAUCAGUUUACAAUGGUAUUCCGGCUCUAAUCAACACCGAUGAACAAAGAAAAGCAAAACCAAUUACUAGUAACUUGCUAGAGAAUGAAUCAUAUUUCAACGAAAACACUUCUUUUGCUCAUCUUCAUUGGUGGAACAGAAUACCAGAAAUGCUCUCAAAAAUUCCAUUCUUGGAUGCUUGGAUUUUAUACUCUAAGCAGCAAGUAGUGCUUCCAGGAGUAUCACUAGCAUUGCUUUAUUUUACUGUCCUAAGCUUCGGAACAUUAAUGACAGCAACCUUACAAUGGAAAGGCAUACCCGCUUACAUUAUCGGUUUAGCUCGCGGCUUUAGUGCUAUUGUCGGGAUUUCUGCAACAAUGAUAUACCCAAUUGUUCACUCUCAUAUUUCAACUCUGCGAACCGGAUUAUGGUCUAUUUGGACUCAGUGGAGUUUUCUGUUACUAUGUCUUGCAUCUAUAUGGAUUAAAAACAAUGGUGUUUCAGCAUGGAUGUUGAUGGGAGGAGUUGCGGCGUCGCGUCUCGGUUUAUGGAUGUUUGAUUUAUCUGUUAUUCAACAAAUGCAGGAUGAAGUUCCUGAAAGUGAUCGUUGCAUUGUGGGAGGUGCCCAAAACUCAUUGCAGUCAAUGUUGGACUUAUUGACUUAUAUUAUGGGAAUCAUUGUCUCCAAUCCAGAGGAGUUUGGUAAGCUGGUGAUAAUGUCAUUUGUUUUAGUAAGUUCAGCUGCUUUGUUAUACACUCUUCAUGUUUAUCAAGUUAGAAAGCAUCUGUUUCAUUUUGAGAAGUUUCUCAAAGUUUAAUUUAUUGUAGAAUUUUUCUUGUAAAAAAAAUAAUAAUUAAUUAA